CACCAUUGUCACAACUACAGCAGCGGCGAUGGGGAGUGGGUCAGGAAGGAGGGGAUGGUGGCUGUUCCGAUCAAAGGUGAGGUGCCCAGUGGAGGUGGUGUGUCAUUCAAGGGACCUGCUUAGUUAUGUUUUGCAAGACCGAGAGGCUCACAGCAACAAUCGUGACCCCAAGCGUGAACAAAAAAUGACAGAUCUAAGAAAAAGCAUAAGGGAGAUGAAGUGCAUUCUAUAUGGCAAUGGUGAUGCAGAUCCUGUCACUGAAGCUUGCACAAAUUUGACCAAGGAAUUCUUCAAAGACAAUACCAACACCCUGCGUCUACUAAUUGUUUGCAUUCCCUAUUUGGACUUAGAAACUCAAAAGGAUGUUACUCAAGUUAUUGCAAACUUACAAAGGCAAAAGGUAGAUUCGAGGAUUAUUGCAUCUGAUUACCUAGAAGCUAACAAAGACCUUUUGGACAUUCUAAUCUUUGGAUAUGAAAACAUGGAGAUUGCAAUACAUUAUAGCACGAUUUUAAGGGACUGCAUACGCCACCAAGUUGUUGCUCGGUAUGUAUUAGACUCAGAACACAUGAAGAAGUUCUUUGAUUACAUACAGCUUCCUGACUUCAAUAUAGCAUCAGAUGCUUUCAGGACUUACAAGGAACUAUUGACAAGGCAUAAAUCAAGCGCUGCUGAGUUCUUUUCCAGGAAUUAUGAUUGGUUCUUUUCAGAAUUUAACUCAAAAUUGCUAUCAUCUCCCAACUAUAUCAUCCGAAGGCAAGCUACUCAACUUCUGGGAGGCAUUCUUUUGGAUAAGUCAAACACCCCAGUGAUGAUUUGCUAUGUUAGUUCAAAGGAGAACCUCAUAAUUCUAAUGAACCUUCUAAGGGAACAAAGCAAGGCUAUUCAAGUCGAGGCUUUUCAUGUCUUCAAACUGUUUGCCGCCAAUCAAGACAAGCCACCUGAGAUUGUCAGCAUACUGUCAGCCAACAAAAGCAAGCUUAUUAGGUUUUUAGGAGACUUCUCUCUAGAUAAAGAGGACCAACAAUUUGAGGUCGACAAAGCUAAGGUCGUUGCAGAGAUCUCGAUGCUAUAA